AGGAAGCGAGAGCAGCUAGCGGGAGGCGGCGCGGCCUCGCAGACGCCAGCGCCGGCAGCCGAGGAGCCUGAAAGUUCCCGGGGAGAGCUCGCCCCCCGGAGGGCCGACGGCGCGGCGGCUGGCGGAGAGGGUCGCGGGUCGCUGCCGCGCUCGGAAGCAGGGGAACAUCGCGGGCCGGCACCCGGGCGUGCAGCUGCUGAACUUGGAGGAGGAGGAUGCGAGGGGGCGCGGCGGCGCGGGGCGCGGGGGCGCCCUGAGUGCUGCCCGCGGGCUCCCCCGGGCGCUGCUGCCAGGGCUGUGGCCAGGCGAGCGCGCCCAGGCGGAGCGGGCAGGUAGCGGCUCCAGCGCCGGGACUGCGCCAGCCCUGCUAGCCGGGGCCGCCAGCGCCACCGUGCCGGCGUCGCCUUCUCGCCACGGAGCCAUGGUGCGCGGAGCGCGCACGCCGCGCGCGGGACUCUGAGCUCCAACCGCGGCGCGCGUCCCCAACCUCCUCUCUGGCUUCCUCGCCGACCUCGCCCGCGGGCCAUGCAGUUGCGGCCCGGAGCCCCCUGCCUCUGAUCUGCGCGUUGCCGGCUCCAGCCCCAGCGCCGCGGGGCCAGGGAUAGCAUCCGACCCCCGCCGCUCUCCAUAGUCUCCCAGGAGCUGCACCCCGGCGCGCGGCGAUGGCGCUCCGCCGGACCCUCCGGCCGCACAAAGUUCGCAGGAGGCGAGAGAUGCUGCCACAGCAAGUUGGCUUCGUGUGUGCGGUGCUGGCCCUGGUGUGCUGUGCCUCCAGCCUCUUCGGGAGUAUGGGGCACACAACAGCUUCUGCCAGCAAUGGUGUCCUUCCCGAUUCGUGGAGAAAUAGAAAGCUGAUGGCAUCCAUGAACGAGACCCAGCCCGCCAAGAACUGCACAGACCCUGCCAUCCACGAGUUCCCGGCAGACCUGUUCUCCAACAAGGAGCGGCAGCACGGAGCCGUCUUGCUGCAUAUUCUUGGUGCUCUGUAUAUGUUCUACGCCUUGGCCAUAGUGUGCGACGACUUCUUUGUCCCAUCCCUGGAGAAGAUCUGCGAGAAACUCCACAUGAGCGAAGAUGUGGCCGGCGCCACCUUCAUGGCUGCGGGAAGCUCCACGCCAGAGCUCUUUGCCUCCGUGAUUGGCGUGUUCAUCACCCACGGAGACGUUGGCGUGGGCACCAUCGUGGGCUCUGCCGUGUUCAACAUCCUGUGCAUCAUCGGGGUGUGUGGAUUAUUCGCGGGGCAGGUGGUCCGUCUCACGUGGUGGGCCGUGUGCCGGGACUCCGUGUACUACACCCUGUCUGUCAUCGUGCUCAUUGCGUUCAUAUAUGAUGAAGAAAUCGUGUGGUGGGAAGGCCUGGUGCUCAUCGUGCUGUAUGUGUUUUAUAUUCUGAUCAUGAAGUACAAUGUGAAGAUUCAAGCCUUUUUCACAAUCAAACAAAAGAGCAUCGCGAACGGCAACACGGUCAACAGCGAGCUGGAGGAUGGUAAUGCUUUCUAUGACUGUGGCUGUGAUGACCCCUCCAUGCCAUUGCUGGGGCAAGCAGUGAAGGAGAAGCCACAGUACGGCAAGAGCCCAGUGGUGAUGGUGGACGAGAUCAUGAGCUCCAGCCCCCCCAAGUUCAGCUUCCCGGAAGCGGGCUUACGCAUCAUGAUCACCAACAAGUUUGGGCCCAGGACCCGCCUACGGAUGGCUAGCAGGAUCAUCAUUAACGAGCGGCAGAGACUGAUCAACGCGGCCAACGGAGUGAGCAGCAAGCCGCUGCAGAAUGGGCGGCCCGAAAACAUGGAGAACGGCACCGUUCCCACGGACAACCCCGAAGAGCCGCGCCAGGACCAGGACCAGGAGCAGCCGCCGCCGCCGCCGCCACCGGAGCCCCAGCCGGCUGAGGCUGUCUUCCUGUCCCCCUUCUCCGUGCCCGAGGCGAGAGGGGACAAGGCCAAGUGGGUGUUCACGUGGCCACUCAUCUUCCUGCUGUGCAUCACCAUCCCCAACUGCAGCAAGCCCCGCUGGGAGAAGCUCUUCAUGGUCACCUUCAUCACCGCCACCCUGUGGAUCGCCGUGUUCUCCUACCUCAUGGUGUGGCUGGUCACUAUCAUUGGAUACACGCUCGGGAUCCCUGACGUCAUCAUGGGCAUCACUUUCCUGGCUGCGGGGACCAGCGUUCCAGACUGCAUGGCCAGCCUGAUCGUGGCCAGGCAAGGCCUCGGUGACAUGGCGGUCUCCAACACCAUCGGGAGCAACGUCUUUGACAUCCUGGUGGGCCUUGGCAUCCCAUGGGGCCUGCAGACCAUGGUCAUUAAUUAUGGGUCCACGGUGAAGAUCAACAGCCGGGGGCUGGUCUACUCCGUGGUGCUGCUGCUGGGCUCCGUCGCGCUCACCGUCCUCGGCAUCCACCUAAACAAGUGGCGGCUGGACCGGAAGCUGGGGAUCUACGUGCUGGUCCUCUAUGCCGUCUUCCUGUGCUUCUCCAUAAUGAUAGAGUUUAACGUCUUCACCUUCGUCAACUUGCCCAUGUGCAGGGAAGACGACUAGAGCCGAGCCGCUGCUCCGGGAGCUGUUCGGGCCACCCCGUUGCCGCUGGCGCCCUCCUCUCUCUCUCCCUCCCCUCGCACGGGUCUCUCCUGCACCGGCGGCCACCGUCUGUUCUUUCGCGCACAGGAAGCAAGAACCACCAGGGUCCUUGCUGCCAGGAGUCCUCCUGCUUGGAGUCGGGCCCCGGAAGGCAGGACUCGGGGGCUGUUACUGGAGCAGCUUUGCAGACACCCGAGCUGCCAGCUACAGAUCUGCCAGGGGUCCCUGCUCUCUCCUGCACGCUGUGGUCGGGACUUGUGCGUGCAGUUUGUCUUCCUGGUUCACGGGCAGCCUUGGAAAGGAUGUGGUCGGUAAGCGUGAGGUCUCCUGGGGCAGGUGCAACUUAAGAAUGUUGUUCACACGCGUCACCUCUGGGUCAGAGGGGUGAGUUCCUUGGGCAGCACGUGCCACCAAGGGCCUCUGGCUUCUGCAGAGAGCACUCGUGGCUGGAGAGGGCAUGGCCUGCACCUGCUGGGGCUGAGGGCCAGCUGGAGACUGGUGGCAGAUGCUCCACCCCUUUUUCUGAAACACUGGAAGGAUGGAAACAGUUUCUCACGGCAGAUGAGCGAAUGCGAGUGCAUAUUUUUAUCACUUUCAAUGCACAUUCAGAAAACAAGCAAUGAAAUGUUAAAAAUAAAACAUCCUCUAGAUCAUCAUACUUGAAAAAUAUUAUUGCAUAGAAAAGGAGAGCAAUGGUGACCCAAAAAAGGUAAUGCAGCAGAAAAAAAAAAAAAGAGUCCUCUGUGUGUCAUCACGCACUGGCACCGAGACAUUGGGUUUGGAGUAUAGAGAAAGGGGGACAGAGCGACGCUGAAUCAGGUGCUGAGUGAGAGAGACAGCAGAGACUGCCCCGGACCCUCUGUGCCACACACAGCACCUCGAAUUUCCAGACCACCCUGGUGAGAGACCCCAUUCUUGAUACACCCAAAGAGCCAUUCCUGAAAACCCAUGCGAUGCUCUCUGGUUAGCUAAAGGCGAGUGUGAAAACUGUAUCUUAGACUUUCCAGAGCGAAGUUUCUCGAACCUUGCAGUUCGCUGCACGUGAACAGCCGAGGAUGGGAGGCUGAUGGGAAAAGUCGAUGUGCAAUAGUCAUUAGCUGCCUCAUGGGUCGAACGUGGAGAUAUAGAAGAUUCGUGAAUACAAAUCACUCACGGGUUCUAAGAAAGCACAAAGCAAUUUUAUAGAGAGGUCUUAUUUUUGUACCGUUUCUAUUGCGAGAGUCUAUCAGAUCUGAUGCACUUUGAGCUGUUUUGCACGGAGCAGCGUAGGGGAACCGCCCGUGAUGAUGGGAGAGGGAGGGAGCUUUUUCGGUGAUUCACCAGAAAUCGCUUUAAACUUGCUGACGCCUCCGAAUGCGGUGGCUGACCCCUUCCCGAGACACGAGAUCGUGAGCCACAGUGGGGUGACUCUGUCCUUUAAGGCCUCCUGACCUUCCAAAGGGGGAAGUGGUCAGGCCUGCAGCCCCCGGGUUGCCCUGAGCCUGAGGCUGGGACGGGACCUCGCUCUUUGGGAUACACAUCAGUAUUCGUAGCGACACCACACUGAGGCUCCACUUGCUGUGGCUCUCCCUAGAUCCUGGGCUCUGUGGUCUUCAAGUCGAGGUCACGGGCGAUUUUCCUAAGAAACUGGCCAGGUGGGAGGGCGGGGAGCUGGCAGACUCGUCAGCGUAAGCUUCAGCUGCGAGAGGCUUCAGAGUACCCCACCAGGGUCUCUCUGAAUUCUCAUAACUUAGUCCCCCUGGUCCCACCCCUACCCCCAGCUCCAGACUCAGCCGGGUUGCAAAGAGCAUCCGUCUCUCUCUGGCUCUCCCCGCUGCCCGGUGAUGUCAGCAGGGAGCGCUCUUGCCGCUGAACGUGAUCUGUAGUCUUGGGAGGUCGGUGGUUCUGCUUCAGGGGCCAGUAAGUGCCAGAGCAGGGGCCCAGCAGCCACCCUCCACCCAGCCCCCGCUCGGCCAGUGCUGGGGGGCUGGCUGGGCCUGGGGCAUGACUUUGCCCAUGUGGUUGCUUCUUAUUGUCCCCAAACCUCAGCGAAUAUGUAAUUGACUCCUGGGCUCCCCAGGUCAUAUCCUAAUAUCUGUCCCUAUCCGAUGUCCCCGUUUUUUCCUGACAAAGACCCAAAUCCAUUUUCAGCUCAAAUAAGGCAGAGCCACAGGGCCCGUGGUGAUGUCUCUGCUGGUUUUCGUUCUCUGAAUCCUUGUGUAGCCUUCGUCUCCUCCUCUUCCACAGAGUCCACUGGAGAUUACAGAAGUACACGGCAGUUGCAGUUAGAAACCAAAACACAAAGUUUUGACUAUGUAGUGUACUCCUCUUGGCUGGUUUUCUUGUCUUUAAUGUGCCAACGUGACAUCCUUAAAGGAUCUAUGCAUCUGUUGUAUCUAGAAAACUAUACAUACACUGUAGAUGAAAAAUGCUCUUUUUUAACUAAAUAUUUUUCCAUCACCAGUUUAAAGAAUUGCUUGGUUAAUCAGGCCUUCACUUAAAAAUUAUGCUUUAUUACUACAUAGGAUUUCUUCUUUAUUUUAUUCCCAAAGCUAAUUAGCAUGGGGUAAUUACUCUGCUACAAAAAUAGGCAACUAAAAAAAUAACUUAGCUUUUCUCAUUGAGGGCAGAAAAGAAAAAACAAGCUGUCGUACUCAGAAAAUGCUUCUAGAAAGAGGAGCAGGUGGUCCCGGUCGCUGUCUGCCCUGCCCUUGUCCGCACAGGCUUAGCUGAAGUGGCAGAUGUGCGGUGUCUUGAGAACCUGACGCUGGGACAGCCGAGGUGACAGGCUGGUGACCAAGGGCACCGUCGGCAGGGCAGCCCCGUUGUGCACAGACCUGGAUUCACUUGUGAAUUUCCACCUGCUCCUCACUCCCCACCUGUGAGCGCAGGCUGCUUCUUGCUUCUGCCCCCACAGCCUUUACAGACCCCAGCAGUCCUGAGCCAGGUUCAACCUGGUGGACUGUGCGUGCCGCCUACAAGCAGGCUGCUGGUGCAGACCAAAGACCCCCCUGGGCAGCCCAGAUUCUGCAGUGCUUCCUCCUUCUCUUGCCUGUUCCUGGGGGUUUGCACACCUCCUAGCAGCAGACUCCCUGGGCAGACGGGGCUCGGAAGCAGGUGCACAGCCUCCUUUCCCGACGCCUGCCUCUCCUCCAGGCCUGUCUCUUCCCAGAAUGCUGGGGCCCCUCCUCUCCUUCAGCCCAGGGUGGGCCCAGGCAGGAUCAGUUCAUUCCUGCUGGCAAAAUCGGGAGAGAAUCCCAGUGUCAGCAGCUGAGGCUGUUUCCCAAGCCCUUUCCUGCUUCCCUUCCUUCCUUCUAGAAUUUUCCUCCUAAGAGACAGCAGCUGUUCUGACAGUGAAUGGGCCCCGGGCAGGGGCAGGGUAAGGGGCAGCCUCCCCUCCCUCCCCCCUCCUCUUCCUCCCUCCUCUCUCCCCCCUCCUCUCUCCCCCUCCUCUUCCCCCCACCUGUCUCCCCCCUCCUCUCUCCCACCCUCCUCUCUCCUUCCCCCAUGCGCCAUGCUCCUCCCUUGCUGGUAAAGACGGCUACACUGAGCCACAGGCUCUCAGCAAGCACGUGUGGCUUACGUCAACGAUAAGCAAAGAGCGCGUCUGUUAGGGUUAAAGCUGCCAGGACCUGUGCCCGCUGACCCUACCUGCUCUCCACAGGGGCCGUCCUCCCCUGCGGACAGAUCAGCAACUCAUUCCAAGGCCCCUGAGAUGGACCUUGUCUCAGCAGCAUGGCCGCCACGUGCCCGUAGAAACUUCUAGAGAUUUCUGAAAGUGCGCUGACUCAGCUGUCGGGCGGCAGGGAGUUCCCCAGCUCCAGGCCACCCUGGUCCCAGUCCCCUCUCUGUACAUGGACCACCCAAAGGGUAGCAAGGGCCCUCACUGGUGACGGCUCUUCUUGCUGUCUGGAUUCUCGGGUCUCUGCAGCUCAGCCCGGGAGCCCCUAAGAGGGAGGGGCCCCGCCUGUAUUCUGGGUAAAUCUUCCCCUACGGUAUCAUGCACAAACCAGAGAGGGGUCUUGUCAGGGACCCAACCCACAAGGCCAGGAUUUUGCUGCUCACUUGGAACCAGUGGCUGGAGCAGGCCCCUACCCUGCUGGAGGGAGCCGUGCCCCCAGGGCACGUUCUGCAGGUGCAGGGUUUAGGUUGACAUUUGCUCCUCUGGCAGAGACCCGGUGCAGCACUCGCUUUGCGUUUCACUUCCGACCUGACAGCUGCUGGGAGAGUGUGUGGCUCCAGAAAACAGGGGCCAGGGGACAUCGGAAGGAGAGGCCUUUCCCUCCCGUGCCACCUGAGGGGGACACCAGCUGAGUGGUACUCUUUACAGCUCUGAUUAUCUCACGGGAGCUGUGAAAAUUCCGACUACAAUGCCAAGCAUCUCCCAGGCUAAAUCCCCCCAGGCUAAAGCGCCCCCCACCCCCGCCAGUGUCCAGCGGGCGGAUGCCUGGCACAGGGGGGGCGGGGGGAGUGCUCUGAGAGGCGUCUCUGGGAGCUGGACACACCCGUGCCUGUGCCAGGGCAAAGGCCUCGGCUGUGUAGCACUCCGUUAGGUCUACAGGUCCGGGAUUCCCUGCUCCUUGGUUCAAAGUCCAACAAGAAGAACGGGUGCUCUCCAUGCCUCUCCCACGCUGCUGCUGGAAUCCACAGAUCCACUGCUUGUGUGUCCUGGGGGUGGGAUUUCCCAUUAGGAAAAGGCCAAUAAAAUCCUUCACCUUGGACAGAGUGUGCACCCUUCCCGUCGGGAAACACGGUUUCUCAGCGACCGAGAAAGGACACGUGCAGCUUUUGGUUGCUCGCUGCGUGGCCUGGUGUGAUCAGCUUUGUGCGUGAAGGGAGGGAGGCCCCGGAGCACAGGGGCCACUAUGCCUGCAGAAUGCCCAAGUGCAUCCCGGGUGGACACUCAGUCCCCGAACCGCGGAAGGAGUGAUGCCUUUCUCUUGCAAAUGAAUGGGGUGUGUGCAAGGCAGCUCUGAUUUCCAAUUGUUCCCGAAAGCUUUGCCCUGGCCACUGGGCAUCCUGCCUUGCCUCACACCCCUGCCCCUCCUAGCUGUAGCCCCUGUGACCACACCAAUGGCUUCCUCCACUUGGACCCGGGCCUUUGGGGACCCAACACACAGAGCUGUGGCUGAGCCGCUGUGGCAGGCUUUGGGGGAGCCCUCCCCCGGGGCGGGGGGUGUGGCUGCUGGUCUGUAGGGCUGGGCCUCCAGGGCGCUGGUCCCCCAGGCAGGGCACACUCUGCCUGUGUCUGCUGUGCAGCAGCUGCCCGCCGGGCGCCCUUGCUGGUGUCUGAACAAAGAGAGCUUUGAUUGCAGAGAGGGGAAAGAGGGCCGAGGGCCAGAGGGACCCAGGCCAUGGGCAGAUGCGGCACUGCCAAGGAAAGGCGGGGAGGCCGGCACGGCCAGACGCCCAAGAGGCGGCUGGGUGUGGUUUCCGCGGGGCCACUGGGUCUCUCCAGGGCCCAACAGUGACCUUCAAAAGAGCAGGCAGGCGGGAUCAGAGGACUCCUCUGUCCCAUAAGACCCUCCUUAGAAGCAACAACCCAAGCCAAGAAGUGCCGGGGGCUGUGCACGCACCACGUGAGUCCCCACGAGUCACUUCUGGCCUGGCGGGCUGGACACCACCCUCUGUCCACGCUUUCUGACAGCAGAGCAGGAGCAAUGACUUGGAAAGUUGUAAAUAAUAAAUAUAUUUAUCCCACUAUUUAUUUUUUCAAUGACUGUGACCUCCUGCACUGUGAAUGCUCUGUGAUAUAAGACUCUUAGUUUAAUAAAGCUAUCCUUACACUGCAA